AUGGUCUUCAUUAUGGCCGCUACAAUAGCGUGGUUGAUACCUUUUCUACUUUCAAUCGUAUCGGACGCACACACUUGGAUUGACUGCAUUGACACGGACAGGUCCAAAGUUUAUGAUCAGAGUGCAUUGUACAUCUUUGGUGGAAUAGAUGGUAACGGACUCUGUCAAGGGUAUGGAGCAGGGUACCCAGGUCGCGGGAAUGGCGAUAUUGGUCUGCAAUACACGUACAAAAUGCUAAGGAAUGAUGUGCAAGCUGGUACACCCGUGUGUAAGAACGUUGGUAGCAACACGUACUCGGACUGGCGGAAGCGAAUAUCGCUCGCCCCAGGUCAGACGGCGUACUUUGGGUACUUGCCGAAUGGCCACAUUGUCAAGGACAAGAAAGCUGUUGGCACACAGCAUGGAGUCUACUGGACAGGACACGUAGGGACAUCACUGUCGUCAACAUUAGACAUGGUACCAGGAAAUUUGCUGAAUGGACACACAAUGAACUAUGACGAUGGCAACUGCGGCGAGACGGUCGACAGAAACGGCAUCCCGUCCAACCGCGCCGGUGACGGCAAGCCUUGCAUCGGUACAUUCACCAUUCCAGCAGGCACUGCUCCGGGCAUUUAUAACAUGGUGUGGUACUGGACGUUUUGGCUUGACAAUGAGGCUGCCUACGUUGACCAUAAACAAGCAAAGGGAUACUUUGGCGCAGCGUACUCGACGUGCUUUGAAGUAGAGGUCAUCCCUGCUGGAGGCGUUGCUGCACAGACUACGCCAGCACCUGCAACGACACCAGCAACUGCAGUGACACCAGCACCAGCCCCAGGUCAUGUCAUCCCGGCUCCGGUAGAUCAGAUCAACGCCCUACCUGCUCCUCUUAUGGUGGGAGCUGCAGCCCCAAAUUUGACGUCAGCGUCGUCCACAAUGACCUUUGGUCAUGGGACCGUUGUACCUGGACCAGCGGCGAACAGCGAUGGCAAAAAUCUUCUGCCCUCGAAAGACAGCUCAGAAGACGCCACGACCGUGCACCCGGCAAAACAAAGCUCUUCAGAAUUUAGCAAUGUCUCAUCUUCGGCGGAUUCUGGCUCUGGUGUUGGGAGGGUUGGUCAAGUCGGGCAAGAGAAGCGCGCGACGCCAUCGACGGCGGCCUCUCCAGCUACUGCAUCCAAAACCACGCAAAGUAGUGCCGCUAACUACAUCAAGGCAAGCGAAGGAAGGCUUGUUCUGGGCGUUGCAUUGCUAAUGGGAGCUUUGGUAUAG